GGAGGCUCAGUCGGACUGAAAAAUCUAGUGCACAAACGUCAAUCUGAUAUUGGAAAAAGUCGCAAUAUCAGAAAAUACGAUAAGUAAAGGGUAUUUGUGAUUUUUAACCAAUGGGGAAACUCGAUAUUUGAAGGAUUUCUCGUGGAAUCUUGGGAAAAUCCGUUUUCGGAGGAAAUAUGGAAGUGGAAAGUGUAUUGAUAUGUCGGGCAUGCAUGAAAGCUGAUGGGAUUUUCUUGUCUAUGUACGAGGAUGAGGACAAGAAACUAACGGAGAAAUUGGCUGAACUUACAAGUAUUGAGAUUGAAAGAAACGACGGGUUACCAACGGUCCUUUGUCCAAAAUGUGCCUACCGAACAGACGCAUUCUACGAUUUCAAGCAGCAGGUCCAAGACUCCCAGGAGAAGCUUCGAAAGAUGUUCUCACUGGAGACAGAUCGGCCAUCCCCCAGCGAAAAAAAUCCCUCACCAUGGAGAGACUCACCACUACCUCUGAAACCGAUGGACAUGCUCACGUCAAUGGCCACGUGUUCUCCUCAACAAAUCGACAGAAUCGUCAUCAACACAACUUACUCACCCCCCGAGGAGCCACCAGAAGACACUCAAGGAGAACUGAAAUUUAUUCCUGAUCCGAACGACCUAGAGCCCGUGGAACCCUUCGACGAACUCUUCAUCCAAGCUCCAUCGGACUUCUCCAUCGACGAUAAAGAUCUGAUUCACAAAGAGGAGAUCCCCAGUGAUCUCCAGGACAUCCUAGACUCUGAGGACGUCGGGUAUACGCUCCUCUACAUUCCCUCGGACGAAGUGGAAUUGGAUCUUCGAGGAGACAAUGAGAUUGACAAUGCAACAAACGAGAUCAUCGAAGCUGGAAUUUGUGAUUCGUUGAUUCCCCAGGCGAUACCCCCUCAGCUCUCCCAUCAAUCUGACUCUCCAACACCCAUGACUUUCGACAAUUCCGACUCAGACGACUGUUUGGAUCAACCCUCAGCCCUGUUGGGCAGCCUAAACGACACUGUCGUCCGAGUAAAAGAACUGAAGACUGACGCAGGAAAGACCAUCUACCAGUGCAGCCUCUGCAUGGAGAACUACGAUCAAUUGACGAAUAUUCUGUUUCACAUUGUGGAUAAUCACAUUCCCACGACAGGACCGUUCUUCUGUGUGGUGUGUGAAAAGGACUGCGAGUCCCAAAAGGAGCUGCGAAAUCACGUUAAGGUACACACAGGCUCUAAUCCCUACACCUGCUUCCUCUGCGAGAAAGCGUACUCCACCAAGAGGUAUCUGAAACGUCAUAUGGUGUGUCAUGCAGAUUAUCUGAAGUACAGGUGUCCAAAGUGCGGAUUAAGAUUUCAAAUAAAGUCUGAUUUGGAGGUUCACGCUACGACACAUCUCCACGGAGCCCCAUUUGCCUGCAGCCAGUGCCCGAGGAUUUUCAAUCAUAAGGGCAACUACAAGAGGCAUUUGAUAUCACAUUUAGAUCCUCAGGGGGUACGACUGCCCAAGUAUCCUUGCCACAUGUGUGGCAAACGAUUUUUGAAUAAUAGAACAUUGCAAACACACAUCAGGGUGCACACUGGGGAAAAGCCGUUCACUUGUCAAAUUUGUAACAGAUCAUUUUCUCAACAAGGAAAUUUGUUGAAUCACAUGAGAAUUCACUCCAAUCCGAGGAGCUAUUCCUGCGAAGUCUGUGGGAAGAGAUUCAAUCAGAGGGCGACCCUGAGGGAUCAUGCCCUUCUUCAUACCGGGGAAAAACCAUACAUUUGUAAUGUUUGUGGUGUGGCGUUCACUUUUUCGGCGGCUUUGCGACGACAUAUGUGGAUACAUGCUGGGGACAAACCGUUUGGAUGUAACUUCUGCGAGUCGAGAUUUGUGGGGAGAUAUGAUUUGAAUCGUCAUAUGAAGAUUCACAGUGAUAAGCCGAGGCAGAAGAGACGGAGAAAGGAUCAAAUUCCGCAGGAAGAUGUGGUGGAUUCAUUGGGGAAUGAUCCAUUUAUUGCCGACCCGAUUAUUCCUGCUGUGGAGACUGCCUUUGAGGAGCAAGUCCUCAUCAAUGAUGACACUGGACACAUUGGUCCGAGGGAGGCUGAGAAGGAAAAUGUCGAUGCUCUGUUCAAUCUUAUUCCAUACAGUUGAAGGAAUUGAUACAAAUUUGAGAAUUUUGACGUUCGUGUAUAUAAUUUGUAAAUAUGGUCGAGUUGAGAGAAUUAUAAAAGAAGAAAAUUUUAACGAUUUUUCGAGGGCAUUUUUUACUUGUGAUAUCAGAGAUUAUAGUGAGUUAUAGGAGAUUGCUAAUGCUUAUGGAGUGACUUCAAUUGCAAAAUUUUCGAGCGGUGGUGCAUGAACUACGAUGGUGAAUGUACCUGUCAUUAAGGCUUCCAUAAUAUUCUAAAAUCCAUUUUUAUGUUUUUUGCGUUUUUCGCGGCUCCUGGGCCACCUCGAUCAAAAAGGGCCCGAAUUUUGGAUCACCCAGUUUUUCUCUGAUAUCUCAGGAAUUAAUAUAGAUAGCGCAAUUUAGUCAAUGGCAUUCAAUGCGUACAGCGAUUUGAGAUUUUUCUAGGGCUUCGGGAAUAUUUUAAAACCGACUGUUUUCGUUUUUUGCGUUUUUCUCGGUUGCUAGGCCUCCUAGAAAAGCGCUGGAAUUUAGAAUCACCCCAUUUUUCGUGAAUAUCUCUAAAAAUAAUAUAGAUAGAGCUAUAAAUCCAACGGAAUUGAAUUCGUGAUGUGAUUUUUCUGAGACUCCUGGAAUAUUAUAAAAUUCAUUUUACAUUUUCUCUGCCUUUGGCCCUCCUAGAGCAAAAAGCUUUCGCCGAAUGAAUUAAUGCUAUCGUUUGUACAAAGUUUACAAUGUUUCGGUAGCCUUUCCUUUAUUUUUAAAUAAAUAAUGUGAAAUUCUCCAUAAAUUGCGUCCUCUGUGUGCCGCAGACGGAACCCUCGUGCCACAGUAUAUGUUUCACCGAUGGUAUGAGCAGUACAGAUAAAUCAUGCACAUGAGUAUGAUCUGCUAUAUCAUUUUUUCUAUCCUAGACCUAGAAGCAACUGGUGACCUCAAUGCAUCAUAGGCAGAAUCGACUUUCAAUGAUCGAUUAUCAAAUGAUCGCUCUUUCAAUGAUGGCCUAGGGCUGUUAUGAGGAUAGGAGAAUCUAUAGAAAUGGGGCCUCAUCAAAAUUCUUUUAUUUCGCUUAGAUUACACGAUGAUGAAAAUUAGAGUGUAAAUUAAUAUUCCUGACUCAAUCUCCAAUUCUUACUUUUAGACUAAAAUUUAAUGAAAAAAAUAAACAUUAAAAAAUUAUUUCUCUCAACAUAUAAAUAAAUCUUGUUGAAAAAGUGAUUUUAUGGAAUGAUGUUCAUGCAGUUUCAACAAAUACGGCUCAUUAUCUUUUCUUCAAAUUUUAUUGUUGGACGGUUUCAGUUUGAUAUUUGCACAAUAUAUUAACAAUUAGUUCCCUUACUGUUUCUUUAUUCUUGGCUAAUUCUUUAAUUUGAUUUUUUUAUUAUAGUAAAUACUGAUGAAAGAUAAUAGGAAUAAUUCGAAUAUUAGGACCCGGUCCAGUAUCAGUCCUAUUCACUUUCAAUGAUCAACAAAGAAUAUAUUUCCAUUUAUAAAAAUGUUUACGUUUCGUAAAUUCAUUCAGGCGCAGCAGUCUCAUCUGCGCUUUAAAAAUUAUUGUCAAAUCGAGGUGAGAGAGUGUAACAUCCAAUAGCUUGUUUCCUAAUAUAAAAAUCUAGAAACAAUGAGAGCUAGAAUGUACAAUCAACGUCGCUGAGGCCGACCAAACGAUUCUGAGCGUUGACACUCGAUAAGAAAACAUUUAUUCAUAUAAUUCUUUUUUUUUCAACUUCAUUUUUAACAUCUACAAUAAUUAAUAAGGUUUAAUAGGACGUCUCAGACAGGGAAAGAGAUAGAAACAAAAAAAACAAACGUAAUAUUUCAAAAUUUGACAAAAAUUAAGCCAGUCCAGUCACCAUAAAAACGAACUAAGAGGAGAAAAACAGCGUGCGCGUAAGAUUUUAGCCACUGAUAAUGGUCAUACCAUCUUCUUUUCCCUGAUUAUGGUAUUUUUUCCCUCAUUGAAAAAGAUUAUUUUCAUAAAAAUGUAUAAAUUUCUUGGUCCCACUUAUUCCAUUCUACAUUUGCUUUUUCAUUCAAUAUAGUUAUAAUUGUAUACAUAAUAUUUAUAUCAACUCCACUUCCAACAAGACAAAAAUAUAUAUAUAUAGAUAUUUUUCUUCGUGCUAUCACUAUAAUCCUUGGGUUCAGCAGCCUUCGAAUAUAAAGAAAAAAAAGAAAAAAAAUGAGAGAAAAA